CGCAGCAGCCCCAGCAGCCCCAGCCCCAGGCCCAGCAGCAGCAGCCCCCGCCUCCCCGAGAGGCGCCGCAGAAAUGAGGCCGAGCGUCCCGAGGUGUGCGUGAAGCUCUGUGGCAAAGGUCCAGUCGCCUUUCGAGGCGCCAAAGGCACCCGGUCCCGGAGCAGCCACGCGCGGCCCGUGAGCCUCGCCACCAGCGGGGGCUCGGAGGAGGAGGACAAAGACGGCGGGGUGCUGUUUCACGUUAACAAGAGCGGCUUCCCCAUCGACAGCCACACCUGGGAGCGCAUGUGGAUGCACGUGGCCAAGGUGCACCCCAAGGGGGGAGAAAUGGUGGGCGCUAUCAGGAACGCCACCUUCUUGGCAAAGCCUUCAGUGCCCCAGGUUCCAAACUACAGGCUGUCGAUGACCAUCCCAGACUGGCUCCAGGCAGUCCAGAACUACAUGAAGACACUACAAUACAAUCAUACAGGGACCCAGUUCUUUGAAAUUAGGAAAAUGAGACCUCUGAGUGGGUUGAUGGAAACAGCGAAAGAAAUGACUCGAGAGUCCUUGCCUAUCAAAUGCCUUGAAGCUGUCAUCCUGGGCAUAUACUUAACCAAUGGACAGCCUUCCAUUGAGCGCUUCCCCAUCAGCUUUAAAACCUACUUCUCAGGAAACUACUUUCACCAUGUUGUGCUGGGGAUUUACUGUGACGGCCGCUAUGGCUCUCUGGGCAUGAGCCGAAGAGCUGAGCUGAUGGACAAGCCGUUGACCUUUAGGACUCUGAGUGACCUUAUCUUUGACUUUGAAGACUCCUACAAGAAAUACCUGCACACAGUCAAGAAGGUCAAGAUUGGGCUGUACGUCCCCCAUGAGCCUCACAGCUUCCAGCCCAUCGAGUGGAAGCAGCUGGUUCUCAAUGUCUCAAAGAUGCUGAGGGCUGACAUCAGGAAAGAGCUGGAGAAAUACGCCAGGGACAUGAGGAUGAAGAUCCUGAAGCCUGCCAGUGCCCACUCUCCAACCCAAGUAAGAAGCCGGGGAAAAUCCUUGUCUCCCCGAAGGAGACCGGCAAGCCCCCCAAGACGGCUCGGCAGGCGAGACAAAUCGCCGGCUCUGCCUGAAAAGAAGACUGAUCUCAGCACUCUGAAUGAAGUGGGCUAUCAAAUCCGAAUUUAAGGCAAGCCAUACCAGCCAGCAAGAGGGCUUCUAUGGUGCUUCUCUCUGCACUUUACCCAGCAUCUUCAGGAGGAACUGUAACUAUUUAUUAAGAACUCGUGGAUUUUAUUUUUAAGGAUUCACUUUGAAAUAGAAUCUGAGUGGGUGGUAACAACUUUAGAAAAUUCACAAAGGAGGCAACCAGGAAAAGGCUAGUCACACACCCCGCUGGGGUUGGACUGCCUCCCCUCCGGAUAGAAAGGAUAAGACCCUAACUGUAGCUUUAUAUUUUCCGACUUACCUACAUUUUUUCACUUGCUUUGAACAUUAUGUUCAUUAUCUCCUCCCUUCCACUUUUGAUAUAGUAAGGUAACUCAAUCAGUAUUAAUGUUUUUGCAGCAAUAACAGAGGCAAAGAUUGGUGGGGUUUUUUUAAGCAGUCAGUAUUACCUCAGCAUCUUGACAUCAGAUAUGCAAACUAAAUGGUGUUUUGUUUUUUUUAUAUUCUAUUUGUAUUAUUUCCCCAGUAUUUCCCAUGGGGAUCUUCACAAAGUUUGGAACUUUUUCCUGGUGCAUACACGUGAUGAGAUUUAAGGUAUUAUAUGCAAAUGUUUUGCUAAAAAGCACUGAAAUUCUGGCAAUACGGGAAACCAUUUUCAGAAUCUUAGAGUUACUUUUUUCUUAAUCUUUCUUAAAACAUUCACUAACAGCAGUUUUUGUUCUUUCAAAACGAAACAAAAAAGCACAUUAAGAAACUAGUCUAUGUUCUGUCAUUAACAUUUAAACUUUGCAGAUUUUAGCAAAAAAAAACACAACAAGCUGUGCGCUAUUAUAAAAAUUUAGCAGUAUUACAAUUACCUCUGACAAUAACACACUCAGAAAGGUCUUGAGAAAGAGAUAACCUUUCUGUUCACAUUUUGCCUGACUUUUAAACUCUGAAUCUGGCCUUGAUUCUGAUUACUAUUUGAGACAUGUUCUGAUGUCUUAUAUUAAGACCAAAUGUGGUGUGAUAUGAAUUUCCAGUACCUGGCUUUUUGGUACCAUUUCAUGACACUUAGGGACUGGUGUUGGAAAAGGCAAUGAAUUAGAGAAGCAGUACCUUUUUUUAAAUGGAAAAAUCUUCAAGUAAAAUGUUAGAUCUUAUAGAGUGACUUAGUCCAUGAGGCACAGAAUGACUGUCUGGUCUACAGUUACAGUGUAACUUCCGGCUGCAGACCACACAGAAUAACAGCAUAUCAAGUCUGUAUGUUAUCAAGAGUACAGCUUCUAUUUCAUUUGUUUGUCCUAGUAACCAUGCAAACCCAUGAGACCAAAAGGCAUAUUUAAGUGAAGUCUGCUAGUCAACAAAGGUUUAGUCUCAGUGCUUCCCCUCUGGCUUUCUUUGACUGAAGGGGAUUUUAGGAAGGGAGUAAAAUAAUAAGAAUCUGCUCAUUGAGAUUCUUGACCUACGGGGGAGAGCAAAAGGACUUCAUCCUUCAGCCAUGUGCACACGAGCCCACUUUACCCUAAAAACCAGUAUUAUUACUGGAAAGUACUGUUUCUUGAAAAAGAAGGAAGUCUAAUGUCCUUUACAUGAAUAGGAGCAAGUAAGUGUACAUCUCAAUUAUAGUCAAAUACAGCAUAAGUUAAAAAUUCUGAAGGUAAUCACUUUCUUCAAGUUAGCAGAGUUUAAAAUGAGUUGUCUUUGUAUAUCCUCAUAUGGCAAACCCACGUGUAGCCUCAUGGCCACGUGUAUUUAGAUAUUUGUAGUAAUUGUUCAUUCUCAUUCUAAUACUGAUUCUUCUCUAAAAGAUAUAUAAAUAUAUAUGUGUGUGUAUAUAUAUAUAUCUUGUUUAUCAAUCUGAAAUUUUAUUAUAUCCAAUAAGUAGACUGCUUAUAAUGUUGCAGUUACUCUAAGAGCUUGGAAUAGGAUUUUCCAAGCAUUACAGAGGUACUGUCCCAACUAAAAUAAAGUCAAUAGUUGCAUAGCCUCUUGUUUCCCACCAAAAAAAAAAAAAAAA